AUGGGCGAAACAAAAUCCCCGUCGGCGUUCGUCUAUCCUGGAAGCAGUCUUUGGAAUGUUAGUGGGCUUCAUAAUAGUUUAACACAAAGUCAAGCACCAACAGCUGAGGGGCUCUCUCGGAGCAGAUAUGAAGAUGCCUCGACUGCCUUUCACUACUACAGCAAUACUGUCGAGCGAUAUACUAUGAGGGUUAUGUCGAAUCAGGGUGACGCAUUAAAUGCGUUGGAAGGAGUGUUAUCAGUCCUCAGAACAACCAUGAAUACGGAGUUUAUUCACGGGCUUCCUGAAAUGUUCCUAGACGAGGCUCUUCUCUGGGUGCUACGGGAGCCACAUCACCGGCGGACUGCACUCUCAAAUACAAAGUCCGGUAUUGGUUUCCCAUCAUGGUCAUGGGUUGGAUGGAAUACUCGGUCAAACUACGGAGCCCAAUUCUCAGGAUACAUCCGACGAGAAGUUGAAUGGUACCUCGUCAAUAAGGACAGUAUGGGAUUCAAAUUAUUACCACGGGAUGACUGGGAUCCCACUGAGCCCUUUGACCCAUCGGAUCACCAGAAUAUUCACCCUAGGGGCAGUCCACCAGAAGCCUUCCUGAAAAACUUGCAAAAUCGAAAACAUUUGACAACGCAAGAUUUGAGUUCCUGUUCCCUAGUCUGCUGGACCAGCAUUACUACAUUUCAGCUCUUAGGCGACUUGCUAGACCUGGGAGAAGACGCUAUAGAUUGGAAGAAUCACGACGCCUUCAUCAUAUCCGACUUAAGGUCCCAGCCCGUGGGUACGAUCUUCCUGGAGAAGACUUGGAGCGACGUGAUCAAGAAGCAGAAGGAAUUCGAGUUUAUGCUAUUAUCCCGGUCAAACACGGUUGAGAACAUGGUUGCUGUGGAUGAGACUAUCUUCCCUACCGGCGAAUGGUGUUUUAUCAAUGUUAUGCUCAUCCAGCGAAAUGCGGACACCGCUCAGAGGCUUGGAGUGGGAGUUGUGCAUGAAAUUUCUUGGGUUUCUGUGGCCCCUAAGCCAAUGCUGAUACGUUUGGAGUAG